GCUGUGCGGGUGGUGGGGGGAGGUGGAGGGCUCUGCGGUGCGGAGGAGGGAGGUGGAGGGCUCUGCUGUCCCGGGGGCCCCCCCGCAGGAUUGCUGCACGCAUAGCCUGAGAGAAGCAGAGGCACGGCUGACCCCCAGAUGGGAUUGCCCUUUCCGGACUUGCAAGGCUUCGGAGGAGCCGCUUGGAGGUGGUUCUCAUUCAGGGGCUGCUGUGGACCCAGGGGUCGGCAUUCUUCAGUGCUCUCCUUGGUUCUGAUUCUGACAACCCACCCAGCGCUUCUGAAGACAGCUGGACUGGAUGCGCAGUCAGCGGUGAGGACCCUGAGCCCGGGGACAGGAGUGUGGUGCGCUUCUGAUUGUGCGGCACUGUCGAGCGUGUUCCUGACAAGAGCGAAUGUCUGUAUCGAGCAGGUCCCGUAGGACACAUUCCUAUCACAGUACAACCGUGGCUUGCUCCUUCCGGUUACGACACCAGGUGUCAGGCAGCGGACAAGAAGCAUGUUCUUGAAGCCAGCCCUACCCCAGGAUGACUGGCAAUGACCUACUAAAUGCAGAAGUGACUGUGAACCGCACAAAUAUAUCCCACUAACCUCAAACGAAUCAUGUCCCUAACUUUGCUUACCCUUAGCCAGAUCCCAAAAGUACCACGUGGCCUCAACAUCACCCAACGGAAGAGGAAGUGUGAAGGAAGGGAAGUUAGAAUGGAAGGAGGGAACGGUUUUAACCAACUGCAGUUAAAGUAUCUCACUUUUGCAAAUUUUAUAAAAUCUUGAGAACAUGCAAACACAUUGCCGAGGCCCAAUCAUGAGUGAGGGGCCUCAAGCUAAGGCUUUGUCUCCCGGUAAAUCCAUGCCAGUGCCCCACCAAAUUGUUGCUACGCCCUCACCCAACCUCACUCACUCCUCGCGACCCCGUUCCGUAUGUCUGUGAGAACACAGAGCAGAAGGAUCCCACCCCCGCUUGCCUGCCCUGUGCCCACACCUGCCACCCUGCGCUCUACACCCCAUCAUGGGCAUCGAUCCCAAAUUUCUCCCUCGCUACGGGAUCAUUCCAACAGCAUAAAAACAUGCAGCGACUUCUCCUUAUUCAAAAAUAAACUCCCUCACCCCCACAUCCACUCUCCUGUCCAUUUGCUUCCAUUGUAGCAAAACUGCUUGAAGAAGAGGUCCAGCUGGGCAACCUUUCCAGUCUCCCUCCCCAGGAAUUUGUCCCCAGCGCCGGGACGGUUGGUGCCUGGGCAGCAGCUCACAGAAGUGGCCACUCCCUGCUCCUCGAAAUGCUCCUUUCCCCACCUGGCUUCUGGGACUCCCGUCUUUCUGUCUCUUCCUGCUUUGCUGGCAGCUCCUUCUAGGUCUCCUCUGCAGGUUCAUCUGUCUCCCUGGAUGGCAUCCCCAGGCACAGCCUCCAUCCGUCUCUUCUACAUUUACACUCCUUUCUUUGGUGUCCUUGGCCCAGCUUGUGGCUUUAAAUACUAGCUGUAUGCAGGUGACUCGAAACUGUGUAUCUCAUUUGUACACCGACAUCCACAGCAGCCUCAUUCACAAUAACUACAACAUGGAAGCAACCCCAGUGCCCAAUGACAGAGGGGUGGGCAAGCACGUGUGUUCCAUCAUACGGUGCAGUAGCAUCCACCUUAAGAAGGACAUGGACACAUCUACCACGUGGAUGAGCCCAAAGGACAUCAUACUGGGUGAAAUCGGCCAGACACAAACAGACGAGUACUGUAUGAUUCCACUUCCAGUUCUGGAGAUGGACGGUGGCAAUGGUUGCACCACAUUAUGAAUAGAUUGAAUAAUACUAAACUGUACACUUGAAGAUGGUUCA